AUGGUCAGGGAAGAAUGCGAAAAAGCCGAAAAAUUUGAGUUUGAUGCUCAUUGUUACGAUUGCGAAAAAGUAAUCGUUGAACUUGCAGGAAAGGAGGCUUUUGACCGAUAUGAGCGAAUACUUCUUUCUCGAGUACUGGAUACGAUGGAAGAUUUAGCUGUAUGCCCUAGAAUUGCAUGUCAGAAGCCAGCUACCAGAAGUCAAACAACCGAAAAUCUAGCGACAUGUUUGGUCUGCGGUCAUUCAUUCUGCGUCAAAUGUCGAAGAACAUUCCAUGGGAUUCAACCAUGCAAGAAAAAGUUUGAAAUUUCUAUUUCUGCACUGGUUGACAACGGAGACGGGACGUGGGGAUUGCGAGAAGUGACGCUUCUGGAGUAUCUGAAAGCCACUCCGGAAGAUAAAAUAGAAAUGGGGUGGUGGUACGGAGGAUUGGAAAAUCUGGAGGCUGAAAUGGAGGAGGCGAUGAGGAAGGCGGAUGGUCACAGUUAUAUAUGGAUUGAGCAAAAUAGCAAAAAGUGUCCGAAGUGCUCAAUACCAAUACAG